UUAAAACUUGUGAUGAUAUACAUUUACUUAAUCUAGCCAAGCCCCCACUUAGUGCUCCAGAAUGAACUGCCUCUUUUAAUACACUACAAUAUGUCAAUAAUUUUGUUUAAACUAAUUUCUGAGCAUCAUAGUUGACUGUUCACAAAUUAGUUGCUGAUAGCUGAUCUUUCUCAAACAAUUAUAGCAUUAAAUAUGAUCUGUUCAACAUUCAAUGACGGAACAACAACCUUGAUAUGUAAGGAAUAUGUUAUGCAGCAUUUCCCCCUUAAGUAUGCCUUAUGGGCACGAAUUCGGAUUAAUCAACAGCCCAGUGCGGGGAUUGGGGACAUCGAGUGGCAACAAAAGAAUAGCUUUAGUCCUCAAGAGAGUAUAUAAAUUUAGGAAAAGCAAUGCGAACGAGAUGAAAAAUGGAGGCAAGCUAAAGGAAUAAUAAAUUUACCAAAGUAGCAGAGCAAAAAGCUCAUUAAUCAAAUUGAAGUCGAAAUUCAUGUAUAGGAGUUGGCUCCUGCAUAUUCUCCACUAAUCCAGCAUAGUCUAAAAAAUGAAAUACCACCAAUAUAUUAAUAUUGUCCCACACGCUUACUUCCACUGAAGGGAGUGCCCUCAAAUCAAUACAAUUAACCAGAUAAAUUAGGAUAUAAAUACAAUUCUAGACUUGAAAAUUAUGCAUGCUAUUGUAUUAUAAGAUAGUGAGCCAUGUCAACUAAUUUGUAAGUGAGACAACACACUGAGCAACAUGGGGAAUUUGUGUUUGGUUUUUUUUUUUUUUAUAAUAUCAAUUGUUGUACCUGUACUUGGACAAGGAGGACUACAAAUAGGGUUUUAUUCAUCUUCAUGUCCAAAUGCAGAGUCCAUAGUGAGGUCAACAGUUCAAGCUGAGUUCAAUAAAGAUCCUACAAUUGCUGCUGGUUUACUUAGGCUUCAUUUCCAUGAUUGCUUUGUUCAGGGUUGUGAUGGUUCUGUUUUGAUAUCUGGAAAUUCAUCUGAGAGAAAUGCAGUGACUAAUACAGGACUGAGAGGAUUUGAAGUGAUUGAUGAUGCAAAGGCACAGAUUGAAGCUUCAUGUCCUGGUGUUGUCUCCUGUGCUGACAUCCUAGCUUUAGCAGCUCGUGAUGCAGUUGACUUGAGUGGAGGUCCAAACUGGGGAGUGCCUACUGGAAGAAGAGACGGUAGAAACUCUUCAUCAUCAGAAGCCAUGAACUUACCUUCACCAUUUGAUACAAUUGAGGUCCAGAGGAACAAGUUUGCAGCAAAAGGCCUUGACGAUCAUGAUCUCGUCACCCUUGUUGGGGCACAUACAAUUGGACAGACAGAUUGCAGGUUCGACUAUAAUUUCACAAGAACAGGAAAUGCAGAUCCAAGCAUAGACCAACAAUUCUUGACACAACUACAGACUACAUGCCCCAAAAAUGGUGAUGGAUUGAAGAAGGUAGAAUUAGACAAAGACAGCCAGUUGAAGUUUGAUGUGAGUUUCUUCAAGAAUGUUAGAAAUGGAAAUGGGAUUCUUGAGUCAGAUCAGAGGCUAUACGGUGACCCUUCCACAAAAGAUGUUGUGGAUAAAUAUGCAAGGACUUUAAGGGGAUUGUUGGGAUUAAGAUUCAAUUAUAACUUUCAAAAAGCUAUGAUCAAAAUGAGUAGCAUUGAGGUUAAGACUGGCACACAAGGGGAGAUUCGAAAAGUAUGUUCCAAGUUCAAUACCUACUAUAUGUAGAGUGUGUUUGGUACAAUAAAAAUGUUCUUCAUGAAAAAUGUUUUCAAUAAGAACAAUAAGUAUUUUGAGAUGAAAUUAAAAGAAAUAUUUCAAAUAGAUGUUUAUAUUGUAUUAUUUUGUGUGAAGUAGAAUCAAAUUAAUGACAAUCCUUAAAGAGUGUUUUCGCAAGUGAAAAUCACCGCCCCUUUUCACAUUUUUAUGAUAAUAAGAGCAGAUACAGAGCUAGAAAUAAUUUAGUAGCUUCGAUUUGAAUUUUGAGAUAAAUAUCUUAGAUGAUCACUCAAUUAAGUUAGUUUGUUAGCAAUUCACUAACUUUGUUUUAUAAUUCAAAGAUUCAAAGUGAACUGCAUCAUCUGCGAAAGGUUUUUAUUACUUCAUUUUUCCUGUUAAAUGAAGCACUUUCCCUUCAUUUUGGCUUUUUUAAGCGAUGAUUUGAUGGAGAAAUUGCAACUUGCAACAGAUAAACGGAAUCAUUGCGUAUGUCACAGUUUAUGAUUGCCCAUCUUGAAGUAUUUGAUUUUUUUUCGAAGGAUAAUAGAUUAUUGUCGUUCAAUGUUGUAACGAACUAAACGCGAAUGUUAUGUCACGAAGUAAACAUUGUUAAGUCACGAUUUUUAUGUAACGAACUAAACAUUGUUAGGUCACAAAUUUUAUUAUGUCACGAACUAAACAUUGUAUCGUCACAGAUUUUUCGAAGCACCGCAUCUAGAUCAAGAUUUUCAUUGCG